AUGGAGACGUUAUUGACUGUAUUCAGUAAGUGUUUACCAUGCUUUCCAGAUUUAUCAACUCCUUAUGUGUCAAUAAACAACGCAAAAUAUAAAAUUAUUCGCUUAUUGGGAGAGGGGGGAUUCUCGUACGUCUAUUUGGUAUCUCAUAAGUCAAAUAACAAUUCACAGUAUGCACUUAAGAAAAUAAGAUGUCCCUUCGGCUCAGACGAUGAAACCUUCAAGAAUGCCAUGAAAGAAAUUAAGAACUACCAUCGCUUCUCAAACUCCAAAACGCCCUAUAUUAUCCAAUCUAUAGACGAGACCAUUAUCAAUGAGAAUGACGGAUCAAAGACUAUCUAUAUUCUUUUGCCAUAUUUUGAGAAUUCAUUACAAGACAUUAUCACUUACAAUGUGUUGAACGAUCUAACAAUGGAUGAAGAUGAAAUAUUGAAAAUAUUCAUUGGCGUAUGUAGAGGACUACAAGCUAUGCACAAAUUCAAGAGAACCGGACGAACACAUAGCACAGCGAACGACGAGGAGGAGGAGGACUUGCUUUUACCUGCAGCAAGUGACGACGAAGACGGUGUAAGUGCAUCCAACGGCACCGAAUUGCAAGAACUUACACCUUUCGCUCAUAGGGAUAUCAAGCCAGCUAAUGUUAUGUUGUCAGCUGAAGGAUUGCCGGUGUUGGUCGACUUAGGAUCUUGCUCCAAAGCUAACUUUUCAAUAAAGAACCGUCAACAGGCCUUGACUUUAACAGACUUUGCUCAAGAGCAUUGCACACUUCCAUACAGAGCUCCAGAGUUACUCGAUGUAGCCACUAAUACAGAGAUUACUGAAAAGACAGACAUAUGGUCCUUAGGGUGUUUGUUAUAUGCAUGCUGCUUCGGUUUUUCACCCUUCGAGAAAUUGGAAAUAGAACAGGGUGCAAACUUAAACUUGGCUAUUUCUCAAGGUAACUACUCCAUACCACAAAAUAACAAGGGCUACUCGGAUGAAUUGAUUUCGUUGAUCAAAGAUUGCUUGGUCUUAGACAGUCUGAAGAGACCUUCUGUAGAUGAAUUGUUGGAUAAAGCCUUGGAGUUGACAAGACGUCAAUAG